AUGGGAAUACUCGAGGUCUUCCAGGUGACGAGGAAAGAUUACCUACGCUUAAUAUUGGACCGGGAGAGGGGUGGCCCACUAAUGGCACGCCCCUACUGCUGUCCAAUCACUCCGUACCCUUUUUCCAACAUCCAGAAUCCCCAGCAACUUCAUCCGCGCAAAACUCUACCGACCACGCUCCUCGACAAUUUUCACUCGGCUUCAGCCCAACACUCAUUGGAAGAAAGAGCCUACAAGAACCUCUCCCCAAAGACCCGUCUGGGCGUCGGCGUCGCAGUCGUAGCCUGGGGCGCCGCCGGUCUUUACCUUUCUGACCAGGCUGAGGAGAAGUAUCAGCCGACACCGGAAGAGAAGGCCGUUGUCGACAAGUAUGUGCCCAAGGUCACCGUCGUCGACAGGUCCAAGGAGUAG